AUGAUAGCGGGUGAGAAGGAGAAGAGGCUAUCGAGCUUCUUACUCGCGCUUCUGCCCAGCUUCUUACACCAUCUUGUCAUCGACAUACCUCACAAACCAAGUCGCGCGUCUCCCACCGCAUGGCUGGACGGUGCUCGCGGAUGGGCAGCCUUCUUCGUCUUCCUCCGACAUUUCGAGUUUUGCUAUCACAGAAAGGGUUCUAUUUCGUACGGCACGGUUAAGGACCCCGAACACUCUGGCGAAAACCAUCACUUGCUGCAAUUGCCCAUACUGCGCCUUCUGUACAGUGGAGAGGCCAUGGUGGCAAUCUUCUUCGUGAUUUCAGGCUACGCUCUGUCUCUCAAAGCACUGAAAUUGACCAGAAAGAAUUCCUACGAACAGCUGAUGCGAACCCUUGCCUCAUCAAUCCUGAGACGCCCACUUCGACUCUACCUCCCUUGCAUUGUCUCGACACUCAUUGUCUUCUUCGCACUCCGCCUAGGCAUAUACGACGGCCCCAAUUCCAUUGCCGGACCAGAGGAUGUUUUCAGAUCCAUCUUCCUCGGAUGGGCCCAUGACCCACAACCACAGAUACUUCCAAGCUUCUGGGGGCAAGCAAGAGAUUGGGGACAUGAGACCGUACAACUGUUCGACAUUUUCACCCACAAGCAUUGGCCUGAGUCCAGGUACGAUGUUCAUUUGUGGACAAUCCCACAAGAAUUUCGGUGCAGCAUGGUGCUUUUCUUGACCAUCGCCGGACUGGCUCUUGUCCGCACCCGUGUGAGAAUGAUUCUUUUGGCUCUUUUUACUGCUUGUGCAUUCCAAGCAGAUGCCUGGGAAUUUAGUGCUUUCUGGAGUGGCGCCUUGAUCGCAGAAGCCAACCUCAUUCAUCAGGAAAAGAAGGACAGCCGUGUCAAUGUUGACCCCUUCUCUGACGAAGAAGAGCCGCGUAGUCAAUUGACUGUCUGGUGUACCUACUGUGCUUUUGUUCUGAGUCUCUACUUGCUGUCGUACCCGUUCCAGGAAGCUGAGUUUGCUCCCGGCUACUCCAUAUUGUCCAAACUCGUCCCAUCUGGUUUGCGCGCCGGAGAUGGCUAUCGAUUCUGGCACUGCCUUGGUGCGAUGAUUAUGAUCUAUUCCACCAGCCUCGACAGUCGACUUCAAUCACUUUUCAACAACUCGUUGAGCCGCUAUCUGGGCAAUAUCUCAUUCGCGCUUUACCUCGUACACGGCUUCACGUUGAAGACCGUUGGCUAUGUCUCUGUAUACGGAUUCUGGCAGAUUACUGGCAAGGAUACGCUCUUCCAAUACGAAUCUGGAUUCGUCCUGGGCGGUUUGAUUGUCAUUCCUCUGACCAUCUGGUUCGCGGAUCUUUUCUGGAGAUUUGUUGACAUUCCCAUCGUGAAAUUCACGAGAUGGUUCGAAAGUUCUCUUCUCCCUCGUGCGGAUGAGCACACUGGUGACGGCUUGUUGAUCGAGAAGUCGCCUAGAGAACAUCAGCCAUAG